AUGCCUCUCAGGCUGCCAGAUUGUGCUUUUCUUUUGUGUUUUCUCUCUACCCACCCAGGAGACUCCGAGCCAACCCCAGUGAAUCCUUGCUACGAUGGGAGCCACACAUGUGCCACCACAGCUCGGUGCCAUCCGGCGACAGGUGUGGACUACACCUGCGAGUGUGCAUCUGGGUACCAGGGAGAUGGACGGAGUUGCGUGGAUGUCAAUGAAUGUGCAACUGGCUUCCACCGCUGUGGCCCCAACUCUGUGUGCGUCAACUUGCUGGGGAGCUACAGAUGUGAGUGCCGGAGUGGUUACGAGUUUGCAGACGACCGGCAUACCUGCAUCUUGAUCGCCCCACCUCCCGACCCCUGUGAGGAUGGCCGUCACAACUGUGCUCCCGCCAGCCAGGCCCGGUGCAUUCACCAUGGAGACGGCUCCUUCAGCUGCGCCUGCCUGCCUGGUUAUGCCGGAGAUGGGCACCGGUGCACCGAUGUUGACGAAUGCUCGGAAAACAGAUGUCACCCCUCGGCCACCUGCUCCAAUACCCCUGGCUCCUUCUCCUGCCGCUGCCAACCUGGAUAUUACGGGGAUGGAUUUCAGUGCACACCUGAGCCCACCCAGAGGCCCCGGACCGUCUGUGAGCGCUGGAGGGAAAGCCUGCUGGAGCACUACGGGGGCACCCCCAGGGACGACCAGUACGUGCCUCAGUGCGAUGACCUGGGCCACUUCACCCCACUGCAGUGCCAUGGCAAGAGUGACUUCUGCUGGUGUGUCGACCGGGACGGCAGAGAGGUGCAGGGCACCCGCUCGCAGCCGGGCAUCACCCCUGCAUGCAUACCCACCGUGGCUCCGCCCACGAUCCGGCCCACACCCCGGCCCGACGUGACCCCUCCGCCGGUGGGCACCUUCCUGCUCUAUGCCCAGGGCCAGCAGAUUGGCCACUUGCCCCUCAAUGGUACCAGGCUUCAGAAGGACGUGGCCAAGACCCUGCUGUCGCUGCAUGGCUCCAUAGUCGUGGGAAUUGACUAUGACUGCCAGGAGAGGAUGGUGUACUGGACAGAUGUUGCUGGACGGACAAUUAGCCGUGCCAGUUUGGAACCAGGAGCAGAGCCCGAGACGGUCAUUAACUCAGGUCUAAUAAGCCCCGAAGGUCUUGCCAUCGACCACUUCCGCAGAACAAUGUACUGGACGGACAGCGGCCUGGAUAAGAUAGAGAGGGCCAGGCUGGACGGCUCUGAGCGUAGGGCCCUCUUCCACACGGACCUGGUGAACCCUCGUGCCAUCGCUGUGGAUCCAAUCCAGGGCAACCUGUACUGGACAGAUUGGAAUCGAGAAGCACCUAAGAUUGAAAUGUCGUCUUUAGAUGGAGAAAACAGAAGAAUUCUAGUGAAUAAAGACAUUGGACUACCGAAUGGUUUAACCUUUGACCCCUUCUCCAAACUGCUCUGCUGGGCAGAUGCAGGAACUAAAAAACUGGAGUGUAUACUACCUGAUGGAACUGGACGGCGUGUCAUUCAAAACAACCUCAACUACCCCUUCAACAUUGUGAGCUACGCAGAUCACUUCUACCACACCGACUGGAGAAGGGAUGGUGUUAUAGCAGUAAACAGGGACACCGGCCAGUUUACUGACGAGUAUCUUCCAGAGCAGCGAUCUCACCUCUAUGGGAUAACUGCAGUCUACCCCUACUGCCCAGGAAGAAAGUAAAUAUGGACUUGGAGUUUUCAAUUGGAAUCUGGACCCUAAAGAACAUUUACCAGGAACAAAGGUGAAAGUGAAAAGGAACUGGCCAUUAGAAGUUCUUGGACAUAUAAGAUGAACAUUUUCGGUGCAAAAAGACUAAGUAUAUUUUGUGAAAAGUUUAUACCUCAAUCUUUACUACUGUAUUUUUUAAAAGUUAUUUCAAGAUUAAAAAGGCAACUUUCCAUAAACAUUUAUAUCAUAUUUAAAAGGUCAAAUUCAUUCAACUAAGAACCAAUUAGAGCAUGCUGAGACCCUAAAUCUGGUUUUUGCUUUCUGGACAAGAAAUUAAAGCACAUGUGAUCACUAUAAAAAUACAAUCCUAAAAGAUCAUAAACCCUGACAUAGUUAAGAGAAGGCUAAUGCAGAAUUGAUGGGAAAUAACCAACUUAUUUAUAGUUUCCCAACAAAAGUUCUAAGUUUGUUGUUUUUUUUUUACCUCUGCAUCAAUGCAUUUCUAUUUAUAUUAAAAGGUGCUAGAAUGUUUCAAUUUGUAUUUUCUGAUCCUGUAAAUCCCUCUAUAGGAUUACCCACAGAAAUUACUACAUUUAUAUAUAAAUACCAAAGAUGUAACAGUUCUCAAAUUUUCUAGAUUACUCCAAUAAAAUAUAUUUUUAAGUUUUCCUAUGA